GAAAGAUACAGACGGAGGGAGAAAGAAAGAACACGCCUUGUGACUCUGCAUUCCCUGCUUAAUCACAAUUUUUUGUCGUAAAUUUGUUUGCAAAGGACAAUCUUUUGAGUGAAUUAUGCUGCCUGUACUUAUUGUCAAUUCAAGGAGCUGAUGUUCAGCGAACGACAGAUGUCAAAAACAGGUUCCAUGUUUGAUGGUGGACUGAUACAAACAUCAAUGGAGGCAAACACUGAGUCUGUGGACAUCAAAGUUCAUACUAUGAAAGAAGAUAAAGUUUGUGAAAUAGACAGUGAAGAUGAGAUGGUCAACAAAGAGGACACAGAAGAUCCAGAGGAAGAGAGAAAAUACUUUAGUGGAAAGGGAGAAAGUGAGGAUGGUGAGACAGGGGUAAAGAAUAUAAUACAAGACUCAGAGUUGGAAAUAAAGAAGCAGAACAAGGUUGAGACAGAGAACGAUGAAAAAACAGAAGAGGUGAAUCAGGGGCAAAGGAGGGACAGUGAAGAGAGGGAGGAAAAGAGGCAGGAUUUUGAAGAUCAAACAAUCAAAGAUGUGAAUGCAAAAAUAAACAGAGAAGAAGGAAGCCAUAUCAUAGAAGGGAUUAAAACACCAAGGGAGACAGACGCAGAGGAAGUAAAAGACAGAGAAAGACAGCAGGACACAACAAAUGCCAAGCCAGUAGCACAACUUCUUGCUCCAAUAUCAGCUGAACCAAAAUCCAGAGACAGAUUGAGUCCACAGGAUGUGCAGAAACAGAUCCGCAGACUAACUCCUGACUUCCCAGACUCGCUGUAUGAACUGUUGUGCUCUUUACAAGAAGGAAGAAGGCUGAAUGACCAGCGUUGCUCUUUCAUAAUGGAGAGGAGAUGCCAUUCUGAGCCAAGUACUCCUGUACCGCGGCACCGAGUGGUUUUCUCCUCGAUGACAUCAUUGCAGAAAGAGGAGUUCUUUGAAUUUGUGGCUACAUCCCAAGGCCGCCGUCUUGAUGACCAACGAGCAGAGUUACACGAUGUCCCAGCCCCACAACCACCUCUUCAACCAAAAGCCAGUGACAGGAAGACUAGCCUCAAGGGGGCAGAGGCAAGGAGAGUGGCUCCAAGACCUGCUCCAAAAGAAGAAUUAUACAACAUGAUUCUGACUUCUCAAGCUCAAGGAAGACUGGAAGAGCAGCGUAGUCCUGCUCCCGGUCCAAUGGAUGAUGAAGAUUUCUUCUCACUGCUCUUGAGGGUACAAGGAGGCAGAAUUGAUGAGCAGAGGACAGAGCUCCCUAUUACACUUAGAGACUAAAGGGUAGGUGACCACAAAAGCAGGAUGGGACUCCUCACAUUCAAACUCUGCACAAGACUACCAGACAGAUGCUACACAUGCUGUUUUGCAAGUCACCAGUUCUACCAAGUUGGUUUCCCUGUCACAAUACUUAAUUUUCACAAAAUAUCCCCUGUCGACACAAAAAACUUGCUUGCUUAUUUUUGUAUAUGUGAAAUGUAUCAAUCUAAGUGCAUUUUUAUGUACAGAAUAUAGUAUUUUAAUCAAUGUGCAAAAUAAAGGUGUGAAUCAGUUAAUUUGAAAACAUUUUUCAAAAGCACAAAGGUUUGAAAAAUAUUUAAUGGUAUGGUAUAUAUUUAAACCAACAUUAAAAUGUAUUUCAAUGAAGAGUUUCAAGUGUUAGCAUACAUAAUAAACUGCAUAUAAUGUGUUCUUGUGAACAA